AUGUCGGAACAUGUCGGGAGCCUUCUUGAUUCCUAUAGCUUCUCCUGGUUAGCCGCGGGAUAUGCAGUUGCAGUAACUAACCAGGAUGAAAGAGCGGCAGCGGCUUCUGAAAAUCUGUCUUCUGGGUCAAAUUACUUUUUACUGCCACUUUCUUCCUCGCAAAACACUAAUAACUCAGAUUUUUCUACAUAUGAUACCAGCUCGUUUAAUUUGUCAACCCCCUACCCGUCGGAGUUCUCGUCAUCAUUCGAACGUAGUGACAGAGGAAAUAUGAACGGUUGGCAACUAUUUCUUUCUCAGCAGGUGGCUUCAAAAGCCGCUUUAGCAAAGGCAUUACGCGUACGAUGUAGUUUGUUUAACUGA